GUGGCGAGAGCAAGGCUACGCUCGCUCCACGCCGUCUUGGUGCAGAGCGACUGGGAGGGCUUUGCAGCGGCCGUCGCCGCGGCGGGAGGAGGGGGCUGAGCUGGCUCCGGAGUUGGCCAAAGAAGGUGGGCAUUUCUGGCUUUUCCUCCCCUGCCCUGCCCUGCCCUGCCCUCCCCGCCCCUUCCUCUCCCUAGUGCCCCACACCCCACGUGAAGCGGAAUAUAAAGGGGGGUGUGAGACUAGCGGGGAAAGUGAAUGGCGGAGGACUGAAGGGGUCUCCCCUUCUGGUCCCCGGCCGCCCUGUUCACCCUCGUUCAUCCUCCCUUCCCCGAAGCUCGCCCUCGAAGGCCCCAGAGGUCGGCUUCUUAGGCUGAGGAGGAGGACUCGCGGCGGAGCGUCAGGUCCAGUUUUCUCCCCGGCGUCUCCAAUACAAAGAUUACGGUGCAGACGGAAAUUGCAUUCGCCUCCUCCGCCCCCCGGUACCCAACACAAUGCACCAGCCGCCUGAGUCCACUGCUGCCGCGGCGGCAGCGGCUGCAGACUUCAGUGCUAGGAAGAUGGCGCACCCGACUAUGUUCCCUCGAAGGGGCAGCGGUAGUGGCAGCGCCUCUGCUCUCAGUGCAGCAGGUACCAGCAUUGGUAGUACUGUCUCAUCUUCUGAGGAUUUUCCGCCUCCAUCGCAACUACAGCCAGCGACUCCUGCAGCGUCUUCCACGUCGGGACCACAACCUCCGCCUCCACAAAGCCUGAACCUCCUCUCACAGGCUCAGCUGCAGGCACAGCCCCUUGCGCCAGGUGGAACUCAGAUGAAAAAGAAAAGUGGCUUUCAGAUAACCAGCGUUACUCCGGCUCAGAUCUCUGCCAGUAUCAGUUCGAACAACAGUAUAGCAGAGGACACCGAGAGCUAUGACGAUCUGGAUGAAUCUCACACAGAAGAUCUCUCGUCUUCGGAGAUACUUGAUGUGUCGCUUUCCAGGGCUACCGACUUAGGGGAGCCGGAGCGCAGCUCCUCAGAAGAGACUCUGAAUAACUUCCAGGAAGCAGAGACACCUGGGGCAGUCUCUCCUAACCAGCCUCACCUUCCUCAACCUCAUUUGCCUCACCUUCCACAACAAAAUGUUGUGAUCAAUGGGAAUGCUCAUCCACACCACCUGCAUCAUCACCAUCACAUCCAUCACGGGCAUCACCUUCACCAUGGCCACCACCAUCCAUCCCAUGUUGCUGUGGCCAGUGCAUCUCUUCCUGGAGGGCCACCCGCGAGCCCAGUUUCCAGAAAACUCUCUACAUCUGGAAGCUCUGAGGGUGUUAUGCCAGUGACACCAACUUCUGCUGUAUCAUCGAGUGGCUCACCUGCAUCUGUAAUGACUAAUAUCCGGGUUCCAAGUACUACAGGCAGUGUAGGUAUAAAUUCUGGUACUGGCGCUAGUGCCGUGAAUAAUGUUACUGUUGCUUCUGUGGGUAGUUUCAGUCCUAAUGUGACAAGCAGCAUGCUUGGUAAUGCUAAUAUAAGUACAAGCAAUGUUCCUAGUGCUGCUACUGUAAGUGUUGGGCCUGGAGCUACCAGUGGUGUUACUGUGAACAUCUUGAGUGGUAUGGGCAAUGGUACUGUUUCUUCCUCUGCUGCUAACAGUGUCCCUAAUGCAGCUGCAGGGAUGAAUGUGGGAUUGGUUUCAAGUCAACAGCAACAACCAACAGUUAACACAUCAAGGUUCAGAGUUGUGAAGUUAGAUUCUACUUCUGAACCAUUCAAAAAAGGUAGAUGGACUUGCACUGAGUUCUAUGAAAAAGAAAAUGUUGUACCUGCUACAGAAAGUGUGGUGGCAAAUAAAGUGGUGGAGACUGUAAAACCAAACCUGACAGAAUUGACUUCUGAGAGGGAGAGCACUAGUGGGAGUUCAGUGAGCAGUAGUGUCAGCACACUGAGUCACUACACAGAGAGUGUGGGAAGUGGAGAGAUGGGAGUCCCUACCGUGGUGCAGCAGCAGCCACCAGCUCUUCAAGGUGUGGCUCUCCAACAGAUGGAUUUCAGUAGCACUGGUCCGCAGAGUAUUUCAGCAGCUAGUACACCGCAGAGUAUUUCUCAGUCACAGAUGUCACAAGUACAUUUACAGUCUCAAGAACUAGGCUAUCAGCAAAAACAAGGUCUUCAACCAGUACCUCUGCAAGCCACUGUCAGUGCUGCAACUGGUAUCCAGCCAUCAACGGUAAAUGUGGUUGGUGUAACUUCAGCUUUAGGUCAGCAGCCCUCCGUUUCCAGUUUGGCUCAACCCCAACUGCCAUAUCCACAGACAGCUCCGGUAGUGCAAACUCCCCUUCCAGGAGCAGCAUCCCAGCAGUUACAAUAUGGACAGCAACAACCAGUGGUUUCUACACAGAUGGCCCCAGGUCAUGGUCAGUCAAUGACUCAAAAUCCUACUUCAGAAUACGCACAGCAGCAGUCCCUUCUGCAAACAGCAAUGUCCUCUGGACAGUCCAGUUCUGCGGGAAUGGGAACAGGAACAACAGUGAUUCCUGUGGCUCAGCCACAGGGGAUCCAGCUGCCAAUGCAGUCCACAGCAGUUCAAGCACAACCUGCAGGGCCAUCUGGCCAGCCUGUUGGCCAGGCUCAAACAGCAAUGUCUGCUGUACCUAUUGGCGGUCAAAUUGCCACUAUUGGUCAACAAGCAAACAUACCUACUGCAGUGCAGCAGCCCUCUACCCAGGUUACACCUUCAGUUAUUCAGCAAGGUGCUCCUCCAUCUUCACAAGUAGUUCCACCUGCUCAAACUGGGAUUAUUCAUCAGGGAGUUCAAACUAGCACUUCAAGCCUUCCUCCACAAUUGGUUAUUGCACCCCAGAGUACCUUGUUAACUGUGCCUCCCCAGCCACAAGGAGUAGAACCGGUAGUUCAAGGAGUUGUUUCACAGCAGUUGCCCGCAGUUAGUCCUUUAUCCUCUGCUAGUAGUGUUCCUGUUACAAGCCAGGUUAGUUCAACUGGUCCUUCUGGAAUGCCUUCUGCCCCAACAAACUUGGUUCCACCACCGAAUAUAGCACAACCCCCUGCCACUCAAAAUGGUAAUUUGGUUCAAAGUGUUAGUCAACCUCCCUUGAUAGCAACUAAUAUAAAUUUGCCAUUGGCACAGCAGUUACCGCUAAGUUCUGCUCAGUUCUCUGCACAAUCGUUAGCUCAGGCAAUUGGAAGCCAAAUUGAAGAUACCAGGCGCCCAGUGGAGCCCUCCUUAGUUGGCUUACCUCAGACUACCAGUGGUGACGGUGGGGGAAUGUCAGCAGUUUCAGAUGGGAGUAGCAGCAGCCUAGCAGCCUCUGCUUCUCUUUUCCCGUUGAAGGUGCUACCGCUGACAACACCCUUGGUGGAUGGCGAGGAUGAGAGCUCUCUAUUUCAGUGCUUCUCUCCUACCAGAGGUGCAAGGAGUGAUCCUAGAACCACAGAUACAGCCAAGACCACGGAGAGCUUUUGACGUCAGGGGUCCACUUUCUCCACUGAACCCUUGGAGACAGAAUAUCCAGCUUCUGGAGAGAGAGGGAAAGGAUAAUAAACAAGUGGGUGCUUUCCAUUAUUACUUGGUUUUAUUUUUAGAUUGGAGUGUCCUUCCAUUGCCCAUUUUAUUCUAUUGGUAAACUCCAUGGGUUCGUAUAAGAACCAGGUGGGGCCACAAUCUGUUUUUCUGUGAGUGCUAACAAGUGCCCAUUCGAGAAACCUAAAUUUUAUUUAAUUUCCUCUCCAGAUAAGUAAAGAAUGACUUGGGGCACGUGAUUUGGUGGAUGCUUAUGUAGUCCACAGAAAUUUUAAAAGGAAGUAUUUAUGUAUUUUGGCCUUUAUGGUAAUAGUGGACUUCUAAGUGCUCUUAUAUUCUAGUAAUUUGAAAGUUUCUGUAUUUCAUCUUUUGCCAAGAUGGACAUCUGGAAUCUCUUUAAUUUAUACAGUAGAUGUCCAGGUUUUAUCCUACCCUGUUAGUGAGAACUUUUUGGUCUUUUGCCUACCUCAAAUACUAGGCUUUCAUAUUAGAUCUUCUAGAAUAUGCAAUAAUAGUAGUAUUGUUACGGUUUUAUGUCAAAUAUAGGCUUCAUUCUUUAAUAAAAUAAGUAUGAAUGAGUAUAAGUUUCAAGAUAUAAUACCCUUGGAAGCUAUGUUAAUAUACCCAAAAGUUUUCUAGUCCCUAGAGUAGUAGUAUUUUGACAAAAUAGCCUUUUGCUAGAUUUUUCCCAUGGCAUUAAGAUAGUUUUCUCUUAGUGUCUUUGAUGCCAAGGGUAGGAUUUGAUUCCAGGAAGUUCUUAUCAUCUACAAUGGGUAGGAUGUGAACUUUGGUGCCUUUGGCAAGUUUUCAUUUUUCCUUGGUGGAUUCCUUCUGUGACUCCAGGUGUCUUGAUAUUGGGAGACCGGUUUAAUUGUUCUCUAAUUGCCCAGAUUUCUUUCAACUGGUAAAACAUCAUACUUCUUCAGCAAAAGGAAUUCUUCUAGCAGAGCCUUCAUGGAUGAUAUCUGUCACACAUGCCAGCAUCUGCAGUUUGGAAGGCAGUGGUGAAUGGAUCCAUGCAAUAUGUAUAGAAGACACAAGGAUGAGCCAGCCACCCGAUCUUGUUAUUUAUAAACUUUUAAGAUUUACUCUUGGUCUGAAAAUGGAAAGGCUCAAAUAAUGAAAUAAUCUUUUCAGAUUGGAAUUUUACAUGGCCAUGAAAACAUUCCUUUCUAUUCAGAAGACUGAAAUAGAGGAAGCUUGAGAGACUCCUUUCUUUUAAAGCAGCUCUCUGUAUCUGUUUCACUUAAAAGAUUUGUGGGACUGAAAAUUACCUUAAUAAAGUAGUAGGCAAACUCUUUUUUGAAAAGUACUAUAGGAAAUCUAAAAAAUAAAAUGCUGAAAGGACCUAUUAUUUAAAGGGUGAUUUUUUUUUUUUUUUUUUUUUUUUUUACUUAUUUAAAACUUUUAAGAUAUAUUCCUUUAGCUCAUCUUUUGCUGCUCUUGAACCUUACUAUAUUUGUCAAAGUUAAUGAAGAUUGUAGGGUACAAGAGACAUCUUUUGAGUUUAAGUAAUUUUAUCUGUCUUCUAUAUGAAAAAAUAAAUGUUAAACUUGCAGUAUUGGUCUGCAUGGAAAGCGUACUAAAAUUUAAGUGAUACUGACACAAAGCAGUUGUUUUACAGAGCGAAGGCAAUCCAUAGCAUUAGAACAGGUGUGUAGAUUUGAGUAAGUGUUGCAUACUAGGUUUACCCAAACUGUAAGUUAAUGAUAAAUAGUAGUUAUCAGAAUGUUUGUAUUUUUCUUUGGUAUCUAUUAAUUGGUCAGUCCAAAGCUAUUAAAGAAAUUUAAAAAACUAAUUAGGUGCUGUCAGUUUGUGAUACUUUGUACAAAUUUGAAGAGAAAUUCUAGAGUUACUAAUAUGGAAACAGCUAACAUGUUUUAGAAAUUCCAAGAUUUCAGAAGCCACAUUUGGUAAAAUAUAACCUGCCCUUUAUUUUUCUUUGGUUUACUAUGAGAACUUUUUUUUUCUCAUUGAUUAUAAAUAAAUUUUCAUAAAUAUUGUACUUAAACUAAGUUUAAAAGAUCCGUUGGAAUUAAACGUUUCUCAGAGAGCUCUUAAUUCCUAUUAAUGAUUAAAACUUUUUUGAGUUGUUUUUGUUAAUAAGACAAUUGGUUUACAAACACAUAUAUACUAAGCAAAAAAAAUUAAGAUUUCAGAAAGACUGAGAGAAUUGAAAGUGAAAUUUGCUUAGAAAUGAAGUUGAAUUUUUGAACUAUGGUUCAGUACAAACCGUUUUAUGGCCUGUAACAUUAUUAGCUUUUUGAUUAAGCUUUGAGGAUGAAGUGAUUUAGUAUCUUAAUCCUAUACUUUAAUUAAAUUUAGCUGUUCAUUAAAAUGUGCAAAAGAAAUAUAAGUGCAUUUCUCUUUACCUCAUGCCACUGCAAACUAUUUGAAAGUGAAACUUUUUGUAUAUUAAUGUGAAUUGAUUUGUUUAAACUUUUAUUUUGAUGCAUUUUCCUUUCAGAUUUUUAAAAAUAAUUUUGUCACAAUAUAUAGCCCAAUAUUUUUCAGUGUUUAUUUUAUGAAUAUUAAUAUAAGCUAAUUUUUCUAGAAUGACUAAAUGUGUAAUGUUUGUAUUAUGUGAUCAUUUGAAAACUAAUAAAUAUUUUCUCCAUAAAAAAUGCACUUACUGAUAAAUGACUUAUUUCUGUUUCAGGAUAGCAAGUGAAAACUACAACAAUAUUGAAGUGUAUUUUAACUUUGUGUCUUUCUCAGAGUUUCUGAAUACCAUUCUGUGUUUUUUUUAGCAAAAAGUUUUAAUAAUUAAUUGAAUUGAUACUGUAAAUAUCAGGAGUAAUUGGUCAAAUAUUUUAAGGCUAGGUUGAUUAAAAUGUAAUCUCUUACAAAAUAGCAUGCUAUCUCUAUGCCCCCCCCAAAAAAAUCAUUUGAAAAUAAUGCUGAUUGGAGAACUACCCAAUUCUUGUUGUUGCCAAGAGAAAAAUGUUUUAUAUUUGAAUGUUCUGCUUGAACAAAUAACUGCAAAAGGAGUCUUAACUUUAGAGUCUCUUGCUUUAACCUUAUCAAUACAGUACAAAAAAGGGUAAAAUUUAAUUUUAAUGAUUUUUGUCUAUAUGAUUGCAUAAACUUAAAGCCACUGGGACAAUUUAGUUUUUUUUUGAUAGAAGCAAGAGAAUUUCUUUUUUAAUUUGAAGAAAAGUUAUAUAAGAAGUGGACUCUAAAAAUUUAAAGUAAAUAUUAAGAUAGAGUCCUACAUAAGGAAUAAGAAUUGAAUUAAUUAGUGACAAUGUACAGAUUAAAAUGAAAAUAGUUGGGUUCUUAGUCUAAGAAAAGAUAAUUUAUAAAAGGAAAUCAUGAUUUGGGGUAACUAAUGGAGAAGAGGGAAAGUCAAAUUUUUUUUCUUACUCUGGUAAGUUUAUAAAAGAUGUUAAAGAUUCUGUGGACAGAAUUUUAUUUUUAGAGUUAAAGCUGUUAAAUGGUUUACAGAUAAUAUAUUUCAGUAGAAAGCUGUAUUUUGUGUGAAUACAACAAAAUUUACAAACCUUUCUUAUGUGUAUACAAAAGGGUGAGGGGUGGUGGAAAAUAUCCUACAUGAAAACCUUGAAGAGCAUUACAAUGGUAAUGGUGAAUUGAGAGUUUUAAGUGAGUAAUUUUUAUUAAACAUGAACUCUUUCCUACACCACCAAUAGCCUUCAAAAUAAAAAUAUUAUAGAAUGUUGAA